AUGUAAACUGGGUGGGACGUCCUUGGUCCUAUGAAAGGAUUGUGAUUUUAUCCCUUUUUUUAACGUUUUUAUAUCAUUAUCAUUGAUGGAGUAUGACCCAGCCUCACCAACGGACGAACUAGAGGAAUGUCCAUCGUCACUUGAACCGUCAGCAAUCCCAUUACCAAGGCCCGUUAACGUGGCUGUAUCAAAGGAUGAUAGCGAUGUUUGUAAUAUCCCAUUACAUCCCGCCUCCAAGGUAGCACUACUUAGCAUACCUUGACUUCACCCUAAUCAAACUGUCAAUGCAGAAAUAUCAACUAAUACUGAUUUACCCUCCAAAUCCCCGAAAUUCGAAGCGGUAGAAACACAAUGACCACUGAAAUUUACCAUACGAAUGUCUGCUAAAUCCUUUUCUGGUUCAAAAGUGCCUGCCGAAUCUCCUGGCAUUUUCGAAUCAUCCAAAGAUGUGAAAACCGAAGAGCCAAAAACUUUGCCUAAACUUCAAGCAAUGAUGAAAAGAUCGAAACCGUUUCAACUCCCUGUUGGUGUUUUACCCCCUAAAAAUAAACUUACGGUUACUGAAGUCAAACCUGACUUAUUCCUACCAACUAAAGAGAGUGAAACAUCGAGUGCGGCUUCAGAUAACUCGAAAGGUGUCCAGCAACGGUUCAUUCCACAAAUGAAUCCUUUGAUAAUCAACCUGUGA